UUUUUCUUUCUUUUCUUUUUGUUGGUUGGUUGGGACAAGGGAGGAUGGCGGUCUCUGUUGCUUGCAAGAAAAUGGAAAAUGGACAGUGGUCAGCAUUUAAAGGCUGUGUUUUUAAAUGCCAUUCUAUUACUUUCGUUUUGGCGUGUGAAAUUUUGAUUCACUAACAUCAUCUUUUUUUUCCAUUUUUGGAUCAUUGCUUUUGAUUUUGGUCAUCUUGCUGACAUCUAAUCCUGUUUCUCUUCUGGGUUUUUGCAGAUUUCAUCAUUUCUCGAAUGAAAGAAAAAUAAUAACAAAAACAAAGAACUCCAUAUGUAAGUGUUGUCCUUGUCUGGUUAAUUUGAAAUAAACCCACUUCAGCAAAAUGCCUGUUAGGCAGAUGAAUAAGAAUCCAGAACAACAACAACAACAACAACAAUCCAUAGUAAUCAAGCCUAUCUCCAUGAAAACCGAGCAAAAUGGUGGUAGUAAAGGUCCUUCAACACCACCUCAGGUGAAGAAUCGGGGAAGGAGGAGAGGAAUGGGUGGCCGGAAGUCCGAUCAGUCAGACUUAUCUUUGCGUCCAAGCUCCCGUCCGUGUAUUGCUCCGCCAGCCACGGUGGUGGAGAAUAUCGAAAUGGGUUUUCCUUCUUCAAGCAAAUCUGUCAGUUUAGCCAUUAGGCCUGGUUACGGGCAGCUAGGAACAAAAUGUAUUGUUAAGGCCAACCAUUUCUCUACAGAGUUGCCAGACAAGGACCUACACCAGUAUGAUGUAUCAAUUACACCUGAAGUGGCUUCAAGAACUGAGAAUAGAGCUAUCAUUUCUGAGCUUGUGAAGCUGUACAGAGAAUCUGAAUUGGGGAAAAGAUUACCAGCUUAUGAUGGUAGGAAGAAUCUUUAUACAGCUGGGGAACUUCCCUUUUCAUGGAAGGAGUUCAAGAUUAGACUUGUUAAUGAAGAUGAUGGAAUCAAUGGACCCAAAAGAAUGAGAGAAUAUAAAGUGGUGAUCAAGUUUGCAGCAAUGGUAAGCAUGCACCAUCUUGGCGAGUUUCUGUCGGGUAAACGUGCAGAUGGUCCACAGGAAGCUCUUCAAAUAUUAGACACUGUAUUGAGAGAACUCUCUACAAAGAGGUACUGUCCGGUUGGGAGAUCUUUCUUCUCCCCUGAUAUUAGGAGACCACAGAGGCUUGGCGAUGGCUUGGAAUCUUGGUGUGGGUUUUAUCAAAGUCUAAGGCCUACUCAGAUGGGAUUAUCCUUAAAUAUUGAUAUGGCUUCAGCUGCAUUCAUAGAACCUCUUCCUGUUAUAGAGUUUGUUAAUCAACUUCUGGGAAAGGAUGCAGUAUCAAGGACUCUUUCUGAUUCAGACCGCAUAAAGAUCAAGAAAGCCCUUAGAGGGGUGAAAGUUGAAGUAACACAUAGGGGUAAUGUACGAAGGAAAUACCGUGUUUCUGGAUUGACAACUCAACCUACAAGAGAACUUGUAUUUCCGGUUGAUGACAUCUCAACAAUGAAGUCGGUGGUUGAAUACUUCCAAGAAAUGUAUGGUUUCACUAUUCAACACAUCCAUCUUCCUUGCCUUCAAGUAGGAAAUCAGAAGAAGGCAAACUAUUUACCAAUGGAGGCCUGCAAGAUUGUUGAGGGACAACGGUAUACAAAAAGGUUGAAUGAGAAGCAAAUUACUGCUCUUCUAAAGGUGACUUGUCAAAGGCCUAAUGAUAGGGAAAAUGAUAUCUUAAAGACAGUUCAGCAUAACGCGUACAUGCAAGAUCCAUAUGCAAAGGAAUUUGGAAUCAAAAUUAGUGAAAACUUAACUUCGGUGGAGGCACGAGUCCUGCCUGCUCCUUGGCUAAAAUAUCAUGACAAUGGGAAGGAAAAGGAUUGCUUACCUCAAGUUGGUCAAUGGAAUAUGAUGAACAAGAAAAUGAUAAAUGGGAUGAAUGUUAGUCGAUGGGCAUGUGUAAACUUCUCGAGGAGCGUACAAGAGAAUGUGGCAAGGGGUUUUUGUAAUGAACUGGCCCAAAUGUGUCAAGUUUCUGGCAUGGAGUUCAAUCAAGAACCCGUUAUUCCAAUCUACUCUGCAAGACCCGAGCAAGUAGACAAAGCAUUGAAACAUGUUUACCGCGCAUGUGUGAAUAAACUCAAAGGAAAAGAGUUGGAGCUUUUACUUGCUAUUCUUCCAGACAACAAUGGCUCCCUUUAUGGGGAUCUGAAGCGAAUUUGUGAAACAGAACUGGGUAUAAUAACUCAAUGUUGUUUAACAAAACAUGUUUUCAGGAUAAGCAAACAAUAUCUGGCUAAUGUUUCCUUAAAGAUCAAUGUCAAGAUGGGUGGCAGAAACACAGUUCUUCUAGAUGCUUUAAGCUAUAGAAUACCACUGGUUGGUGAUAUACCAACCAUAAUAUUUGGUGCAGAUGUGACUCAUCCAGAGAACGGAGAAGAGACCAGCCCUUCCAUAGCUGCUGUAGUAGCUUCUCAAGAUUGGCCUGAAGUUACAAAAUAUGCUGGAUUGGUUUGCGCCCAAGCUCACAGACAAGAACUUAUACAAGACUUGUACAAAUCUUGGCAUGAUCCAGUACGAGGAAAUGUCAGUGGUGGCAUGAUUAGGGAUCUUCUUGUCUCAUUCAGGAAAGCAACAGGAAGAAAGCCACAAAGGAUCAUAUUUUACAGGGAUGGUGUUAGUGAAGGGCAAUUUUAUCAGGUCCUGCUUUACGAGUUGGAUGCCAUUCGAAAGGCUUGUGCAUCCUUAGAACCAAACUAUCAACCGCCUGUAACUUUCAUCGUCGUACAAAAAAGGCACCACACGCGUUUGUUUCCCAACAACUACAAAGAUCGAAGCAGCACUGAUAAAAGUAGAAAUAUCUUGCCAGGAACUGUUGUUGACACGAAAAUCUGUCACCCGACAGAAUUUGAUUUCUACCUCUGCAGCCAUGCGGGUAUUCAGGGGACAAGUCGACCAGCACACUACCAUGUUCUCUGGGAUGAAAACAAUUUCACACCCGAUGGAAUUCAAUCCUUGACAAACAACCUUUGUUAUACAUACGCCAGAUGUACACGAUCAGUCUCAGUUGUUCCCCCAGCCUAUUAUGCACAUUUAGCGGCGUUUCGAGCCAGAUUCUAUACUGAACCAGAGAUUCAUGAGAAUGGGUCCAAGGGUGGUUCACGGCUGCCAAACGGGGAGUCAGGAAUUCGGCCGCUACCGGCCCUCAAGGAGAAUGUGAAGAGAGUUAUGUUUUACUGUUAGUAAAAAAUAAAAUAGCUAUAGAGGGCUUUGUGUGUAUAUUAUUUAUGUAUGUAAUGUAGUGGACUCUUCUAGCUAUUAAUUAAUAGUUAAAGCAAAUAUCAGGUUCUUUUUUGUAUAA